AUGGACGUGCAAAUCUUUGCCCAGUCUCGAUAUAAAGAUGCCUUGACAGUCGCCAAUUUCUUACGCCCUUGCACGGACACGAUUAUGCAGAGUUAUCUCGGUGCCACUUUUGCUGUCGAUACUCGUCAAGCUACCCCGAAACCGUACUAUGAGUACUUCGUGUCUAUCUUCCCUCAAGACCGUAUAAGGCACAUUUGCCACACCCUAUUCAACGGCAAGAGUGUCUCAAUCGAUCCACCACAGCACACUGUGCCGUUCGUCCUUAAUCAGCCAACGUAUAAGACAAUAGCUCCAUUCGAUCUGGGAGUAUUUAGCCCCACCGUUCGCGCUCCUCUGGGAUAUAUAGUUCAUGCUCGAUCCGGUGAUAAGGGAUCCGAUACCAAUGUGGGAUUUUUCGUUCGCCAUGCGGACGAAUGGGACUAG